GAAAUAAAAACAGGAAAAGCAGUAGAAAAUGAAGAUAAUUGUCCAAAAUGAAGGCAGAGUACUUAUGCCACCUUCUUCAAUAAGCAGAAAUCAAUAUCAGUCUGCAGCCAAGAAGACGAACUGUGAAGUAGCUUCUCCUCCACCACUGUCUCUACGUCUCUCGGUACACAACCAGCCAUUAAAGCUUUCACGACUUUACCCCUAGAAAGCUAAAAGGCGAGCUCUCUGUUUGCGUCUCUCCGGUUCGGUUUCUCCGGAUCAUCACCAAUGAGAAGAACCAGAGGAAAAUCAAUGGCGACUGUUCUUCUUUUAUUAGUUCUGUUCUUUAUGCUUCGAUCGCCAGCAUCCGCCGUCCUUGAUCCAGUCGAUUUCCUUGCUCUCCAAUCCAUUCGAAAAUCACUAUCAGACUUACCGGGCUCCGAUUUCUUCUCACAGUGGGACUUCACCAGCGACCCCUGCAGCUUCCCCGGCAUUUUCUGCUCUGGAGAGCACGUCGUCGCACUCUCCCUCGGCGACCCCCCCCGCGCCGGCACCCCAGGCCUCACCGGACACCUCGAUCCCGCCAUUAGCCGCCUCUCCUCCCUGUCAGAACUAUCUCUUCUUCCCGGCCGCGUUAUUGGUCGAAUACCAGACUCCAUCGCCCUCUGUUCUUCCCUCCGCUUUCUCGCACUAAGCGGCAAUUUCCUCUCAGGCCCCAUCCCUCCUUCUCUCGCCUCCCUUCGCCAGCUGCGAACCCUUGAUCUCAGCUUCAAUAUCCUCUCCGGCGAGAUCCCUCUCUCAAUCACUUCCCUCCCAUCGCUUUCCAACCUCGUACUCUCCCACAACCGCUUCACUGGAAAGAUCCCUCCCUUCCCCUCAUUCUCUUCUCUCCUCCGCCUUGACAUCAAGAACAACAAUCUUUCCGGCGAACUCCCCUCUCUUCCCUUAUCACUCCGCUACCUCGCUGCGUCUCGCAACACACUUUCCGGUCAAAUCGAUGGCGUCAUCCCGCAGCUCACCGCCCUAACUUACCUCGACCUCAGUACGAACAUUCUCACCGGUCCCAUCCCUGCGACCAUCUUCAACCUCCCACUUUCAUCCCUCCAGUUACAGCGCAACAAGCUCGCCGGCCAGGUGGCGCCGCCGGCUGAUGUGAGGAUACCGGAGGUGGAUUUAAGUUACAACCGGCUCUCGGGGGCUGUGUCUCCAUUUCUAGCAGCGGUGGGGAGAUUGUAUUUGAACAACAAUCGGUUCACAGGGGAGCUGCCGGCGAAGUUUGCGGAGAGAUUGGAGGCGGCGGGAAUGGAGGUUCUGUAUUUGCAGCAUAAUUUUCUCAACGGGAUGCAGAUGUCGCCGGCGACGGAGAUACCGAUGACGACCUCUCUCUGUCUUCAAUAUAACUGUAUGGUGCCGCCGGUAGACGCGCCGUGUCCGCUGAAAGCCGGGAGGCAGAAGACACGGCCGGUGAACCAGUGUCCUGAGUGGCGGGUUUGAGUUAGGCUGAAAUUUAGGCUUAUGUUUUCAUUAAUUGUAGCAGGUGAUUUGAUGAUUAUUUUAUUGUUAUUUAUUGUCUGACGUGUUAAUAUCAAUUUAUUGUCACAUUUUAGCUAUGGAAGAUUUUCAUUCAUACCACCGAAUUCUUAUGUAUUUACAUAUCUACACAAUUUCAAGUUUUCAUAUA